GGCAGCUGGAUACUUUUGCAACAGUUCUACCAUAAGAGAUGCCACUCCUCUUAAUUCCACACUUCAUAGUGCCAAUGAAGAGGGGGGCUUCUGUGCUGCCGUCUACAGUUAAUUUACACUUAUAGCACCUACUUGCACGUUUUAAAUGCUAGAAACCAUACAUGUCAACAUGUCCAUUGAUGGUGUCAAAAUAGAAAAUCAAAAGUCAAUCUCUGUGUCAUUGUACUGAUUAUUUACUUUCCAAAACUCUGUUAGAUAAAAUUAUCAGUGAACUUAAUUACAAUGUGUACAUGAAAAUAAAUAAGUGAAGUAAAUCUGGCAAAAUGAAGUGUAUGGAUCAGCUCCCGUCUGUGACAACAUGUUGCUUCUGCUGUUUUCUCAGGGCGGGAUGUGUUAUGAUUGCUCUGAUAUCAUUUACGGUGGGCAUGAUCCUGGCCCCGAACGUGGGCUAUGCGCAAUCGGAGUCGCUGCUCCCGGAACCACUGACGAACACUGAGGGGACCGCGCAAGUGUUGCUCGGUCUUGUUUCUAUCCUCCUCUGUGCGUGCAGUUUCCUGCUCUUCGUCGGCUCUUUCUGUAACGUCCCAAUACUGAUAGAGAUAUAUCAGUGGGGAGCAUUGAUCUACAGCACGUCUACCAUCAUUAUCUACAUUAUUCUGGCGUGUUUCUGUUUCCUAGUGCACUCCAAUAGCGCCACGGCUGGCGCCUGGCUCAUUACGCUAAUCUUUGUCAACUUUUUUUUGACCAGUUACUUCGUAAUCGUGGCAAAUAGCUUGAGGAUGUCUCUGCUAUUCCUGCACAGCACUGAAGUACUGUACUAGUAUUCUUUAAACGGACGUUCUAUUGUUCGAAGUAACGUUCUAUCGUUUGAAGUGGCGUUCUAUCUUUUGAAGUGGCGUUCUAUCUUUUGAAGUGGCGUUCUAUCAUAAUUAAUAAUUUUGAAGUGUAUAUUUUAUGUCGUGUAAUGUUGUAAGUGCUGUAAUAGGUUUAAACAUAUAGUACCAGUUUUGACAGUAAAAUUGUAAUAUUGAUAAAUGUUUUUUUGAUUUAAUAUAUUGCAUUUUUUACCCCUCGGCAAGGAGCUAAAAAAGGUACGAGUAAUUAGGUAGGUAUUU